AUGAUGUCUAUUAUUAUGGGUAACGUUUCACAGAACUUCAUGGAUAUCAAUGGAAACACAACCUCACUCAAACAGUUCGAACAUGACGUGAUACAAAACUGCCUCAAGUAUGUCUACCUCGGUUGUGGAGUGUUCACGGCAGGCGACGACUUCAGCAAUCUGAACAGUCAAAGAGGGAACCGCCGAACAAACUUGGCUGAUGAUUCAAUUACGCUGAGCCAGUUUUCGGCCGUUCAUUGUGGCCUAUCACCUAACGAUUGGAAAACUACCCUGAUCAUGAAUGUCACAGCCCCGUUGAUGAGUUACUCUGCGCGAGCAGGUUCAAGUGCUAAGCUGAUGGCCUCUGCUGCAACUCGGGAAGCCAAAAAAUACGCCGUAGCUGGAGGAAUUGCUGAAGAAGUGCUCACUUCAAUGAGAACCGUCAUCGCAUUCAACGGACAACCUUAUGAAUGCGAAAGAUACGAAAAAGCCCUAGAAGCUGGAAAAGCGACGGGAAUCAAAAAGUCCUUGUACAUCGGCAUUGGUCUUGGAAUCACUUUCCUAAUCAUGUUCUCUUCAUACUGCCUAGCUUUUUGGGUUGGCACGGAUUUCGUUUUCAAAAAUGAAAUGCAAGGAGGAACCGUGAUGACGGUAUUCUUCUCCGUGAUGAUGGGAUCUAUGGCGCUUGGACAGGCUGGGCCACAGUUUGCAGUGCUUGGUACAGCUUUGGGUGCGGCUGGAUCUCUCUAUCAGAUUAUCGAUCGGGAACCAGAAAUUGAUUCUUAUUCAACGGAAGGUGUGAAACCGUCAAAUCUCAAAGGAAAAAUAACCGUUUCAAAUUUGAAGUUCACGUACCCAACUCGACCAGAUGUGCCCAUUCUCAAGGGUGUUUCGUUCGAAGCGAAUCCUGGCGAAACGGUAGCACUCGUAGGGUCAAGUGGUUGCGGAAAAAGUACCAUAAUCCAGUUGUUACUGCGAUACUACAACCCCGAAGACGGGAAGAUAGCAAUAGAUGGAGUGGAUAUUGACAAAAUCAAUAUUGAAUUCCUCCGAAAUUACGUUGGAGUGGUAUCACAAGAGCCGAUGCUUUUCAACACAACAAUUGAACAGAAUAUCCGCUAUGGACGUGAAAAUGUCACAGAUGCAGAAAUUACUGCGGCUCUUCGCAAAGCAAAUGCCUACAACUUCGUGCAGUCAUUCCCUGAUGGAAUCUACACGAACGUCGGUGACCGCGGAGCCCAAAUGUCCGGUGGCCAAAAGCAACGGAUAGCCAUAGCCCGUGCUUUGGUCAGAGACCCGAAAAUUCUUCUCCUCGACGAAGCCACAAGUGCUCUCGAUGCUGAAAGUGAACACAUCGUUCAACAGGCGCUUGAAAAUGCAUCCAAAGGAAGAACCACCAUUGUUAUUGCUCAUCGGCUGUCGACAAUCCGAAAUGCUGACAAGAUUAUUGCAAUGAAGAAUGGAGAGGUGGUCGAAGUCGGAACUCAUGACGAGUUGAUCGCCCGUAAAGGACUGUAUCACGAGCUGGUCAACGCCCAAGUGUUUGCCGAUGUGGACGACAAAGUUGGAGUAGCUGCAGUACGGCGGCGUACAAUGUCGUCCGUAUCGCGGUCCUCAUCGUUCGAUUCACCCGAAUAUAAGCGUAUGAAAUCCCAAUUGUCCACAACUGAAGAACCAGACGCUGCAGCUGCUCAGAACGAUCCGGUGAAGGUUGAAAAAGAUCUGGAGAGACUGAAGAAAGAACUCGAAGAAGAAGGUGCAGUGCGGGCGAAUCUUUUGAGAAUCCUUGCCUAUGCUCGUCCUGAAUGGCCUUUUAUCGUGCUUGCCGUUUUCUGCGCGGUCGUACAAGGCUGUGUUUUCCCGGCUUUCUCGAUGUUCUUCACACAAAUCAUCGAGGUGUUUUCUAAGCCACCAGGUGAUCCAACGCUGAAGAGUGAAGGUCAUUUUUGGGCACUUAUGUUCCUUGUGUUGGGCGGCACGCAGUUUACUACUAUGCUUGUACAGUGUUUCUUCUUCGGUUUGUCAGCUGAAAGGCUCACAAUGCGCCUUCGAUCGAAGAUUUUCAAGAAUGUAAUGAGAAUGGAUGCCACUUAUUUCGAUAUGCCGCGUCAUUCACCCGGAAAAAUCACCACUCGACUGGCUACCGACGCACCGAAUGUGAAAUCGGCUCUCGACUAUCGUUUCGGGUCAGUCUUCGGUUCGGUCGUCUCCGUAUGUUGUGGUGUUGGAAUCGCCUUCUACUAUGGAUGGCAAAUGGCGCUGUUGACAAUCGCCAUUUUCCCGUUGUCUGCUGUUGGUCAAGCGAUCCAGAUGAGAUUUAUGUCAGGACGUGCAACAUCUGAUGCGAAAGAGAUGGAAAAUAGUGGAAAAAUCGCCAUGGAAGCCAUCGAAAAUAUCCGAACGGUACAGGCGCUGACAUUGGAGCAUCGGCUUCACGCACAGUUUUGUCAUCAUCUGGAUGGACCGCAUAAGACCAGCAGAAGAAAGGCUGUCAUGCAGGGUAUUUCCUAUGGAUUCGCGAGCAGCAUCUUCUACUUCCUGUACGCCUCAUGUUUCCGUUUUGGAUUGGUUCUUUUCGCCAUCUCGUUCACAGCUGGAAGCAUGGGCUUUGCUAGUUCUUAUUUCCCUGAGUACAUCAAGGCGACAUUCGCUGCUGGCCUUAUCUUCCACAUGCUUCAAGAGGAGCCGCGAAUUGACGGUAUGACAAAGAAAGGCAAAAAGCCAAACAUCAACGGUGCUGUCAAGCUGAACGAAAUUAAACCCGGCGAAACCCUAGCUUUGGUUGGGCCUAGUGGUUGUGGAAAAUCAACUGUGAUAUCGUUACUCGAAAGGCUUUACGAUGCGCUGGACGGCUCUGUUGAAAUUGAUGGCAACGAUCUACGCGAAGUGAACCCCACUCAUCUGCGUGCCCAUAUAGCAUUGGUAUCACAAGAACCGAUUCUUUUCGACAGAUCCAUCCAUGACAACAUCGUCUACGGUCUACCACCAGGAUCCGUUAGUGAUGCCGAAGUGCAUGAAGUCGCACAGCUUGCCAACAUUCACAAAUUUAUCUCGGAACUGCCUGAAGGCUACAACACUCGAGCAGGUGAAAAAGGAACUCAACUAUCUGGUGGACAGAAACAACGGAUAGCCAUUGCACGUGCGCUCAUCAGGAACCCGAAAAUCCUACUUCUUGACGAAGCCACCAGUGCGUUGGAUACUGAAAGCGAAAAGGUACGACUAACAGUACUCUCAUGGCCAGUAAUUAAGCCUUGA